GCGCCUGAGAGAAAAUAAAUGCGUUACGGUUCUGUACUGGGGUUUUAGCGUUACUGUGUGUCGCAGGCUGGUUUUAGAGAGUUUAGGGUUAGUGUUUAUUUCUUUGCUAUUCCAGUUUCAAAAAUAAUUGAUCAUUAAUACUUCCAGGUUGUGUUAAAAUUGUAGGCCUGGUUAAGAUUACGUAAAACUUGGGCUAUUGUUAGCAACACGGUGUGGUUAGCUGUAGUUUCACUUUAUUACCAGUUUGUCGUUUUGCCCAAACUGAUAUUUUGCUGAAGCUCCAGCAAUAAAAUUAGACUUUAGGGUCUGUUCUCAUCUAAACAUCAUCAUCAUGCCUAAAGGAGGAAAGAAAGGUGGACAUAAGGGUAGAAUGAGAACGUACACAAGUCCUGAAGAGAUAGACGCUCAGAUGAAAGCUGAAAAAGAACGAAAAAAGAAUGAAGAGGAGGAAGAAGGAGCAGCAGUGAAUGAUGUUCAGAAGGAUGACAAAUUAGCAGGAUCAGGUUCAGAGGACAGCGAUGAUGAAAGUGCCAGAAAAAGAAAAGGUGUGGAGGGAUUAAUAGAAAUCGAGAACCCUAAUCGUGUCGCUCAGAAAACCAAGAAAGUUACAGAGAUAGAGCUUGAGGGACCCAAACAGCUUUCUAGAAGAGAGAGAGAGGAGAUAGAAAAGCAAAAGGCCAAAGAGAGAUACAUGAAGAUGCAUCUAGCAGGGAAGACGGAUCAGGCCAAAGCAGAUUUAGCUCGGCUUGCAAUCAUUCGAAAGCAACGUGAAGAUGCUGCACGGAAAAAAGAAGAAGAAAGAAAAGUGAAAGAAGCAGCACAAGCAGCACAAGCGGCAGCGAAAGGACUUCAUACACUAUCAUUAAAAUGAUGAUAGUAAUGAGAAAAUCAGAAAAGUUUAAAAGAACUGCGGUGUACAAAUACAACCACACACACACAUGCACACACACACAAAUACAUCAGCCAUAACAUUAACACUGACAAUCAGUUCAAUACGAGUAAACAGGUGACGAAUUCUGUGCAACCAAGAUUCAUUCAUGCUUGUGAGGAGCAAAGGCCAGUCUGUACAGUCCGAUCUUACAAUAACUCCAAUGCAGCUCAAAUUGCUGAAAAAAAAAAAGAAUAUUGGCUGUGAUCGAAAGGUAUCAGAACACUCCAUACAUCACAGCUUGCUGUUUAUGGAGCUCCGCAGGCAGAGACUUCAAGGUUGUUAACCCAGCCUCCAAAUUCCCCAGAUAUCAAUCCGAUCGAUCAUCCAUGGAACGUUCUGGGCAAAUAAGUCUUAUCCAUGAAGACUCCAACUUUCAACUUGUAGCACUUAAUGAACCUUCUGCCUUAAGGGAGGUUAAGGAGUCACACCGUGAGGGGUCAGAGCUGUUUUAUUGACCUACACAAUAUUGGGCUUAAUGAUUUAAGGUUUUAAUAUUAUGGCUGAUCGCUGUGUAUGUAUGUAUGUGUGUAUACAUUAAUAAGGACUAUUUUCGAGGACAAGCUUGAUUGUGUAAGAAGUUACAACACAACAGGUUAUUGAAAAAAUGGGAUAUUUAUGCAUUCUCAGUGCUAAGCCGGUAAACCGAUGCUCGUAGAGCAGAUUGUCUUCUCCAGUGUAGCGAAAUGACCAUGCAUAAAAAGUUACUUAAAGAUACUAAAUAAAUCAAUAAAUAAAUUUAUUAAUAUAUUGUGUUGUAAUUUUUGAUGUCAGAUGGAAUGAAAUAUUAAGAUGUCAAAAAAUAAAUAACUACUUUAUCAAAAUGGAGCAUCAGGAUUUUUUUUCUUAAUAAGCAAUGUAACGAUGUAUUAACAGCAGGAAAUACCAAAAACAUCACAGUUGCUGAUUAUUAUGUAAUAUCAUCUCUAUGCUGCGUCUCUGUGUGUACAGUAUACCUCUCUUGUUGUUAAAGUUUUCGGGCAACCUGGUUUGCCAUUCUUGUUUUCCUUUAUUAAUGCACAUGCUUCUGCUAACCUCAGCCAGUAAAUUCACCAGGGGCUUUCACGUGUGAGUAACAGAUUACUGAGAGCAUUCUACUAAAGUUAUGCCGUUCAUUACACAAGAAAAGCUCUGAACACUGAAAUUUUGUAAAGAAAUUUUAGGAAAUAAAGAAAAAUAGA